AUGUCCAUAGGCUCGGCUUCUUCUUUUCUGGUGCAGAGGAUUUCGCUUACGAUGCGCCAACAGCUCGCUUCUUUCCUCGGACUACUGCUGUUGUGGCGCGGGCGCAGUUUUCUGGUCCGGCGCGCUGUGAAACGAUCGCCACACCUGCACCAACCAGCCGUGGUGCUCUUUGUGCUCUGUAACGUUAUUCUAGGAUGGAGUCUACUGGCCUCCCUGGGCGUCGACUGGGCACGUUUCCUCAAACUGUUCGCUGCUGGCGGCAGUUGUGCGGUUCUGAUGCACGUACUCACGACGCCUGUCGACGUUGUACGUACUAAAAUGCAGCUCGAACCUGAACGCUAUCCUUCAGUUUUGGCCUGCGUUUCUCGGAUUAUCAACGAAGAUGGCCCGUUUAUGUUUCUUCAGGGGUUUGGCGCCACUGCCUUAGGGUAUCUGAUACAUGGUGGCCUCAAGUACGCCGUAUAUGAGCAGUUACGAACGCUGACGAUGGUGCUGACGCGCACACCAGCUGGCCAGCCGCUAUCGUCGCUUCACUUUGUCACUUCUGCGACAGUGGCUGAACUAGUAGCAUCGACAGCGCUGUGCCCGCUGGAGUCGGUACGGAUUCGAAUGGUCCAGGAUCGGACGUUUGCGCGAGAUGUCUGGCAGGGUCUGGCGCAAGUGUGGGCCGAGGGCUCCCGCAGCAUGUACAAAGGGCUGAUGCCGCUGAUCGCCAAACAGUGCCCGUAUACUUUGGCUCAGUUUUGGACCUACGAGUGGUUGCUGGCUGGACUGCGGGCCACAUGGAUAGGUCGAAACGCACCGUUGGACGCUCAGCUGCCUGUGUCUCUGGAACGGCGCCUGUCGCUUCUUGCGGGCCUGCUCAGCGGGAUCGCAGCCGCGUUCGCCAGCCAACCGGGAGACACGAUCCUGAGCCGCAUCAACAAACAUCAUGCCGGUCUCGCGGGUUUAAUGUUGACAGAAAUCGGACAGGCUCUGUCGACGCCACCCGGUGCGGAAACAGACGCGAACAUUCGCUCGCCGAGUGCAUCCUUGUCCCCGACUGUGGCGGACAAGAAUCGAAAACAGAUGCAACCGAAUGAAAUCCCAAUGAGGGCUGAUCAAGGGUCUGCAUCGAAUAUGAAACGUUUUCUUUUCGAGCGAUUUCGACUGAGAUCAGCCACUUGUAUGUGGCUCGAUUCGAUCCGACAGUCCUGGAUGGAUAUGUGGACGAUUGCGAGAGAAUUAGGGCCACGAGGCAUGUUUCUCGGCUUUGUUCCGCGUUGUGCUCAAGUCAUGAUCCUCGUAAGUGGCCAGUUUCUGUUCUAUGCAGAGAUCAAGGCGUUCUUUGGUAUACCGGAAACGCUUGGACGUGGAUCCACACAUCGACCAUGA